AUGUAUGAAUGUCCUAUUGUUUUCUCUUUAUUGAGAAGUGACACUGCCACAGGGCAACCCUCUCCGUUGACAGGUCCACUGCGCGCGGAAGUCUUGUACGCACGGCCGGCAAUGUGCACGCCACAACCAGCCACCGGCCGCAUCCGGCUGAACGUCGGUGGGCAGGUGUUUGAGACGACGGCCGAUACUCUCACAGGCGCGGGCGAGGGAACCAUGCUCGGCACCAUGUUGGAACCUUGCUGGAAUGCCGGUGCCACCGGGGGCGUGCCCGAGCACUUCAUCGACCGCGACCCGGUUUGCUUUGCCUCGCUCCUCAACAUGCUCCGCACGGGCGAGCUCCACGUCCCGGCUGGCGUCCCAGAGCGGAUGCUCUUCCGAGAAGCGUCCUACUACGGCCUCCUCGACUGCAUCCGUGCUGCUCGCAUCGGCGAGUUUGACCUCGACAGGGCCAGGUUGGUCACGUCAGUGCCGCCGGGUCGGGCGCCGAUGGCCCGCCCGGUGAUCCGCGCGGCCCCGGACGGAGGGUGCUGCGUCACGCACGGCCCCGUCGUGCGGGUUUACAAUUGGAUGCUCGAGGAGCCUUUGCCGAUCUGCCUGACGCCUACCGAGCCGGUCCGCGACGCAGCCUACCUCGGCGACUCCACGCUCCUCGUCGGGGCCGGUGGCUUGGCGGCUUUCUCCGCCCUCACCGGCGACCUGACUCAGCACUUCCGCUUAGCGCACGCCGGCGUGAAGAAGUCUCCACUGUUUAACGCGGGGGCACUAGUGGCCUUUGAUCAGCAAACCAAGGGUUUUGCUAGCUGCAAUUCCAGGGAUAGCGGCUACUACGGCAUCGGUGUCUGGGACUGCAUCACCGGCGAGCAUACAGACUCCUUUUUGAACCAGAAUCUUGACUGCGCUCUGGGCAACGCCAGCAAGCUUCAGUGGCUGGCAAGCACCAACGCGCUAAUGGUGAUCAAGGCAUGCUCACCGGAAGAUUCUUGGUCGUCGUCUUCCAUCACUCUGGUGGAUUUCCGGGAUAUGAGCGUUGUUUGGUCAUGGUGCAGCGACACCAGGGGCAAGGACCACAGGCGCGUUGUCGAUGCUGUUGUGAUGGAGGACGAGAGGUCGGUCCGCUUGAUCAGCCAGAAGCAUGAUCUUGGGUUCCUCGACAUCCGUUGCGAGAGCUCCGGCCUGCAGCCUUGGCCGCGGACACAUCAGAGCAUGGUGACGGCCCCGACGUGCUAUCCGAAGCUCGCCGUGCACAGCGGACUGCUCUUAGCAUCCAAGGAUGACACCAUCUCGGUGUAUGGCGGCCCAAAUCAUGACCACCUGAGGCUGGCGCUGCGAGGGAGCCAAGGCGGUGGCGCCAUUGCCGACUUCUCGGUUGGGGGCGACCGUCUCUUCGCGGUGCAUCAUGAGGAUAAUGUCCUGGAUGUCUGGGAGACCCUGCCGCGGCCACCUCCCAUCGCCUAA